AUGAGGAAAGAAAAAAAAAUGAACAAUGGAGAAGACGGAAAUAUCUAUAUGUAUUCAGAUUUGUUUACCUCAAAUUUAAGUGAUAACGAAAAUGAAGAUAAAUAUGAAAAAGAUAAAAAAGAUAAAAAAAAAAACAAAAGUGUAGUUUAUACAGAUGAUGGUUAUUUACAACAUGGAGAAAAUGAAUAUAGUAAACUUAGAGCAGAAAAUUCAACAAUAUUAAAUAAUUAUUUUCAUAAUGAAAAUAUAAAACCUUCAGAACAUGAUAAAAAUGCUUAUGUAGCUUGGGAUGAUAUGAUUAUAUUUCCUGUUGAUAAAAAAUAUUCCCUCAAACUAUUUGAAGGGGAAUUGUCUGAAAAUAAACACACAAUCAAGUUGAGAAAACCAGGAUUUUAUUGUAUCGCCUUGGAGAAUAACAAUGAUGGAAAAUGGGAUACCAUAUAUUUCGGCUUCUCAAAAAUACAAAUAGAACUAAGUUACAAAUUGAUAUCAAAAAAUGAUUUACCAAAUGCAGAAGGGAAAGAAAGAGAAAAUACAAACAAUGAUCGGAUAUCUAAUUUUGGAAAAAAUAAGCAAAGCCCAAAUGAAGAUAAUAAUAAAAGUAUAGUAGAAGAAAUGAAUUCAAUUUCAGAUGCAAGUGAUCAUAUUAAUGAUAUGUAUAAAUAUACUUAUGAAGAAUCGGAAGAUAUGCAUGAUGAAAAAGUACCAGAUACUAUAAGAGGACGAAGUAAUAGUGUGAUUAAUAAUAAAAAUAAAUUAAAAAAUAAAAAUACAAAUUAUCACAAGCCUAUGACGAAAAAUAGAUAUAAUUCUAAAUUAUCUCUUGAUCAUCAUAACACUAUAGAAACAUUUAGAUGCACUUUUAAUAAUGAAAAUAAAAUUAGAGUCGGAUCCAAUGCAAAAAAAUAUAUAUAUAUAUAUAGUAAAGAUGCAGAUACAUAUUUAGAUAUAUUUGUUCGUACCCAUAUGGCUCUAGGAAUGUGCAUUAUGUGUAAAUACUCUUUGCUUUACUGUGGAAAAAAUAACAAAAUUCCUGAUGAUCCCUAUGUCCCAUUUAGGAGACCAGUAUCUAUUUUAUCUCUUGACAGUGGAGGGGUUUUGGCAACAUCAUCACUUAUCGUUUUGACUCGAAUUGAAAAUGAGUUGAGAAAAGAACUUGGAAAUGAUAAUGUAAAUAUAAUGGAUUGUUUUGAUAUGGUUUGCGGAACAAGUGCCGGAGGAUUGAUAAGCUUAGGAUUAUUGGGAGGUUAUUCUUUACAAGAUAUUUCAGUCUUAUUACCUGAUAUUAUGGAAAAAACAUUUGAAGGAAAUCGAAAUAUAAUAUCAGGCAUAUUUUUCGAAGGAUAUGAUAUUAAUAAUGUGAAAAAUUUAUUUAUGGAGCAUAUUGGAAAUACGUUUUUAGCUUCACAUAAAAAUUUAUAUUGUUUUGUGACAGCAACAGAUGUGAAACAUAAUCCAUAUAAACUAUUUUUAUUAAGAAAUUAUACACAUAAAUAUAAUGCUAUAAAUGGGGAAUCAUAUGCAGGGUUAAAUCAAAUGCCAUUAUGGCUAGCUGCAUGGGCAACGGCAUCUGCUCCGACAUAUUUAAAAGGCCCAAAUGAAGAUGAUUUUAAACAAUAUGGUUUUAAUAUAAAGCCAGAAAUACAUUUAGUUGAUGGUGCAUUAAAAGCAAGUAACCCAGCAUUAAUUGCAUUAGAAGAAUGUGCAAGAUUAAACAAUAAAGCUUUACCAAAUUUUAUACAUGAUGAUUUAGAUACUCUAGUAUCUAUUGGAACUGGACAUUCCCCUAUGAAAUUGACUAAAUCGGGCAAUGAUAGUACUAAAACUGCAUCUACCUUUGAAAUAUUAAUUAAUUCAACUCAUUUAUUAACACGAGCUACCGACACACAUAGAGAAGUAUUACAUUGGCUUUCUGAAAAAGAAAAUACAUAUUUUCGAUUUAAUGUACCAUAUAUAGGAGAUAUUAAUAUAGAUAGUCGGAAUACGGAUGAUUUUGAUUUCAUUUCUAAAUCUACACUUGAUUAUUUAACUGAUGAAAAAUAUUAUGACAUUAAAUGUUUAGUUCGUAAGCUAGCUAAUAAUUAUAUUCGAUCCCGAUAUACUUAG